CAAGAAGCCAGAGAGGGUAGGUACUUCAUGGCACUUGCGUUUUGCUUGUGGUUGUGCUGGCUUACAAGUUCCUCCCACUCCCACUCCCAUCCCCUCAGGUCCCCUUCUACAACCGCUGUUGCUUCUUCUUCUUCUUCUUCGUCUUCUCGACAACCCAAAAUACGUCUUUGUUGUUCUCUUCUGGUUUUGUUUGUAUACGCGCCUCUUUUCUGGCUCAACUGUUUCUCUUUGCCUCGUCGCUCACUAUUUCAUAUACAGUCUGUCUCGUAGGCUUCGGCUUCACUCUCACUCAUUGACCCGAAUCGCUCUCUUCAAUCGUCACUCUUUGUUGCUCAAUACCUAUACUAUACUUUCGCCACCACCAACGUCCCGCAACUACUUCUACUUUCCGUUCUGGGCAACAAGCUGUUAACGUUAUACCGGGCCUCUUACUGUAUGAGUUGAUAUCUGCGCCAUAUCAGACGGAACUUUUUGACUGAGCUGCGAUCUACGGCAUCCAAGACGGGAACCCGCAUUUCCUCACAUCCCACCUCCGGUCAGCCUCGGUCUGGGUUACACAUUUUAAACGCACGAAUACAUGCCGCGCAAUUCUUAAACGAGACCUUGUCCCAGGAUCAUCCCCAAGUUCUGUCAUACAAAGGUGUUCGAGUUGCCGCCUGCAUUUGAGCAGCACGGUACCCUACCUAUGCCGCUCUGUUCUGCAUAUCGCCAGCAGACACUUUCUACACCUACGCCUACCGUUGAGCUUGCUGACUAUAACGCAUUGCCAAGUCAUUAAACUUACCGCGCCUUUUGUAUUUCGCCAAUAUGUCUUUUAGAGAUUCUUUCAUGACCCAUAGUGGUACUCUAGAAGCGCUCCAGAGUCAUCAUGCACCAGCACGAAGAACUCGUCCUCCGGAUAUUGACACAAUGGCAGCUGAAGAGAAUCGCGUGCCCUUGAAAGCUGAAAAGGCUAGCAGAAGAGAAUCGAGGUUAGGACUGCGAAGUUUAUUCAGUCGAUCAAAGACGCACUUGGCCAGUCCUGAAACGCCAUCAUCCUUUGGAAGCCGUACAUCACUCCCUGAAACGAACCCUUAUUUUCCAGCCCAGCCCGAUCCAGUGUUUGACGAUAUGCCCUCGUCCCCUCGCAGCCCGCGACCUUUAGCUACCAUGUUCGAAAGCCAGCAAAGUCCACCGGCUCAACCACGACCUGUUGGCCUUGUUAGAACCCAGGGGUCUGGCAAGCCUGCACGCGGGCCACUUUCGACAUGGCACCCUCCACCUCUAUUUAAAGCAUUUCCACAGGCUGUCAAACAUAUGACAUUACCAGCUACAUCACUAGCACCUGAAGCCAUUCUACGCAUGCACGAGCGGCGAGCUAGCACAUUGCGUGACGAAAAUGCCGAAGCACCAGAUGCUGAAGGUGCCCCUACCGAGAAGGCCAAGGUUAAGAAGAAGCAUCGUCGCAAUACCUCCGGGCAUUUCCCAAAGUUUGAAUGGACCAACAAGAUUUAUGUUCUUGUGACAUCUGGAUAUUUGCUGCAAUAUGCAGCAGAAGGACCCUUCGACCGGUUGCCUGAAAGAAUAUUGCACCUCAGCAAAGAUUCUGCAGCAUUUGCAAGCGAUGUGAUCCCUGGACGCCAUUGGGUAAUCCAGGUCUCUGCAGCUGCAGAGUCUGAUGGGACAACAGCGUCAGACUCUCGCUCUUUAUUCUCGCGAUGGAAUUUCCGGGCUACUGAACGACGCCAUGUCUCCAACUUCCUCAUGGUAUUUGAAACUGCCGAGGAUAUGGAAGGCUGGAUCUCAACAUUACGCCGUGAAAUCGAGGCACUGGGGGGGAAGAAGACACUUACUGAGACAGGCAAACCAAAGGCCGAGGACGAAGUUGCACCACUACGAGAGAAACCUAGCCAAAGGACUUUGGUAGUACGAGACCCCAAUCGGUUAUCACGCAUAGCAAGCUCAAGCUCCCAGAGCCCUCAAAGUCCCGACAGCUUUCUGCCUCCCCAAAAUCUACAAUGGCAAAGUCAGACACAGAUCAACCGCUCAGCCACAAAUGUUGCCGAGCCUGAGCCUGCAGUCGAUCAACCCCUUGAUGAUAAUUCUACGACAAAUAGCUUUGUAUCGCAUGACGGCAGGCAACUGGAGAGUUUACGAGAAAAUUCGAACCGCCUUUCAUUCAUAUCAUCCGGUCAACGGACAGUCGUGACGUCUGCAGGAUCCUCACCAGCGUCUUCACCAACCGUUGAUACCUUCCCUGCACCUGUCGAGCAUAAGUCGUCGCUAGAGGAGGCAAAGCUUUCACCAGAGCCGAAACCUAGGCCCAACGCUGCAGCAAUUCUGGACCGAAGACAGUCUAUGCAAGUUCUCACCCCCUUUGUCGAACUGCAAGGCGGACCCAUCAACCUACGACCGCAAUCUAGCUAUGGAUCUGGUGCCGCUGAUUUGAAGACUCCAACACCUAACUUCAGCGUACCCAAUUCGUCGAACCGAAGAUAUUCGUAUGCGAAGACUAUGGCCCAGGAAUUCGGCAUGGCUCCUUCGUCAGGUCCACUGGAGGUGCGAUCUUUGGGUCGUCGAGCACCACCAACGACGUUACCAAUCGCGCGGCCUCUAUCCAUGGUAGCUGACCAACCGUCGCCAAUGGAGGACGUCCACGAACGACCAGUGACACGGCACGGAGACGAAACUCAGCCAACCAUUCCAGUAGAAGAUGAUCUGCCGUCUCUGCCAAACAUUCCCACUUCAUAUGAGAUGACAUCACGACAUUCGAGCCUGGUACCAAUAGAAGAACCGACCAUUGAGAUCAGCCGCCCAGGCAGCUCGCGCAGACAAUCAGACAUGAGACAAUGGCGCAAAUCCGAAAAUCCCAAUGCCAUGGGACGUAGUAUUCCCAACUCAACUCGGCCGAGCCUGGAACAAAGAACACGUUCGCGAUCUUUUCUUGGGGGAGCCGAGGAGGCAGCCCGUCGCCGUGCUUCCCUGGAUACUCAUAGCGAUGCACGAAGUGACAGCAUGUCAGCCAAGGCUCGGUCACAAAGACGGGCGAGUAUUCAGUCAGUGAUGUCUGACCGGGCAUCACAGUAUAGUGCCUCAGGCGACCUCCCACCCCCAAUGUCGCCAGAGUCGCUGCCUCUACCUGCGCCUCCACCCACAGUGCCUCUACCCCCUAUUCCCGCAUCUGCGAGCAACCCUCUUUUGAGGCCUGAUAUGAACGGAAAGAGUCUUUUCAUCCGAAGGAGCAUGCCUCACCUGGGUGAAGUGCCUCCACCAGUUCCACCACCAACCUGUGCGCUACCUCCUCUUCCACCCAAAAUACAAGUCAAGGCUUAAAUGCCUUGAUUCAUCCUAUAUACCCUUUCCUUGUUUUUACUGUCACGAACUUUGACGGAGCGAUUGAUGCGGAUUCCUUGAUUACCCGAAAUGAUACUGGGCGUUUUGGAACACUGUUACUUUGAUUCUCUUUUGUAUUGGGACAAAAAUUCUCUUCUGGUCAACACUUGUAAAAUAUAGAACGGUCGGGCUGGAAGGAGCAUUUCCGGUUAUGCGACCACGUCUUGGGAUGAUAUCCAUGUAUAGGCGUACCAAAGGAAAGGACUAUUCAAGGCUGUAUAUGGCCGAUAGUAGUGAUAGAGUCAUAAGAAUAAGUCUAAUGCUGUUUUUUAAAAGAUGUUGCCUCAGCACCAGAGAGACGAUGAUGUAGUGGAUGACAGCGACUUCACAUGGAGCAAUAGGGAAUUGUUGUUGCUAUACGUCAUCCAAGGACAACUACCAAGUGAAGAGAUGUUUACGGAUAUAAGAUAGAAAGCUACUGGUUACGUAGACACAAAUUGGCUGAAACGAUAGCAGUCUUUGUUCCUGGGCUGACAUGAGGCCUUGAGUGGUCUCCACUUUUCAAUGAGACUGUUGCGUACCA